GCUCGGCGAAUCGGAGGUUUAUAUCUAGGUAGAUCGGUCUCGGUGUGCGGAGAGCCUAUUGGAAUUUGAAUUGGGUCGAUUUGUUUUUUAGAGAAUGGUCAUAUAGGACAUUAGCUUCGUGGAUGUCUCGCUGUCUGUGGUGUGAGACAUGGCGUUUGUAGCGUCGUGCAGGAUACUAGCUAGAUAGAUGGUAUGGUCGUCACAUCACAUAGUUCAGGUAGAUAAGUAUGGAUGUAAGGUAUGCUGCGUGUUCCCCGCGCGUGAAGUGUAGAUAUGGGUGUAGGGCGGCGGCUGGUGGAGGUUUUGUGCAUGUAUGCCAUGUCAUGCACACAUGUCGUGUCGGCGGUGAUACAACUAGAUAGCCUGGGUAGUUGGUUGGUGUAUGUAGGUACUGAUCUCCCUCUCCCUUCUCCCUCUCCCCGUUUCUUGGGUCAUUGCUACGUUACGGAUGUUGGGUUGGGUUGCGGAAUAGACGAUCGAUACCAUGGCUCUCAGCGUCGCGAGCUUCUUCCCGCAACUCGCCGGCUUGACCUCCGAUUCGCCCAACUCGAGACCCGUCGCUCUAGGUGGCCAGAGCUUCACUCAUUGUUGUCUCUUGGCUGUUAACGAGUCGCUUGUGUAUUCGGACGGGAACCUCUCGUAUGCGAGCCCUUCGUUCAUCGACCCGAGAGUCUCUAUUGAAAGCUUGCAAAAUGCGGUGCAGAACGACGCGUUCCCGUGUGGUGCUGAGUUUACUGGCGAUAAGAGCGGUGCGCCGGUUGUAAGUGUAACGUACAACUGGUGCGCAGACAAAUGCCCAGGAUGGGAGAUAUCGCAUUUCAACGUCCUGCAGCAAUGGGUUGGGCCCCUUGUUCAAUUCAUCGUGCCGUGUCUCGCAUUUUGCACCAACGUCCCACGCACGAGAAAGUUGGGAAUCCCGGAUAUUGUGUUUAGGGCGCAUCCCCGGACUGUCAUCGGCCUGGCCACGUAUUGGGUCAGGCUCCUAGGCGCUCUCUUGCUCAUGCUGCUCGACACCGUCGUGUGGCUGUCCAUCUGCUUCGCCUUCGCGGGACCCAUGCUUUUAAGCGCUGUGUACGAAUACGCUCUCGAUCGCAAGGUCCUAGAGUUUCUCUCGCCGCCUAAGGGACACCCACCGAACAUCCCAAUGAGGCUGCGGGCGCAGCUGUUGCUUGCUGUGGUAUGUGGGAAUAUCCGCAUGGCGAUGCGCGAGAGGUCGGAUUCAGACUCUGCUGAAGAUGGGACACGUGCUGAUGCGGAGAACGGAUUGGGAUACUCAGAGAGCGAUAAGAUGCCCGAGACUACUCACCGGGUCGUGCAUAAUAGUAUUUGGAAACGCAUUAUGACUAUGGUGGAUGAAUACGAGGCUAUUAGGUUGGAUCCUGAUGGGAGUGGGAAGGAGGUUGUUUCAUUACCGACCAAGCUGAAGUCUUUGCUCAAUUCCCAGGCAAGCUUUGGAUCUACUGUUGGAGCUUCGAUCCUGUUCUUUGUGGGCGGGUUCAUCUACACCGUCAUCGACAGCGAGAGUAGUCUGAGCGACAAUGAUACCGCUCAUGCUUUAGCGUUCGGCAUGUGGUGGAUGGUGAUCCCCUAUCUAGCGAUCAUAGCCUGCGCCAUGCUCGCAGCCAACAGCCCCAGCACCCUCGACGGCAUCGUAUACGACGGCGCCAACACAGCAGUGCCCGAUAAAUACGAAAUGAGCUUCCUCAGAUCGCGCAUCCAGAAAGCGAAGACGUACAAGCCGAUCGCUAUGAUCUUUCGCCUGCUCGAAGGGUACAAUCCAGUCGAGCUCGCGUUCGAAGGCCGGUUUCGCACGGUCAAGUUGUGGAAACGCGGCCUGAAUAAACGCCAGUGGGUGCAGGAGGCCGUCAACGACUACGAGGCGUCGAUGACGAUGCAUAGGCUGGGCAAGAGUAUAGGGCCGGUGAAAUUGCGCAGACAACUCACGCUUAAUGCGCAGGAUUGCGCCUAUGUGGUUGUUAGUUCGCUGUUUCUGGUGCUCGCGCCGACUGCGUUGGCGUUUCUUUUGUCCUACCAUACGCCGCGAGCAGGUCUGUCUUGCCGUAGCCUAGUAUACCUUGUCUAUGCUAUCAGUCAGGUAUGCGAGAUGAUUUUGUGGUCUUUGGCGGCACGACUGCGUGUCAAGUACGGCAAUCGGUGGUCUGUGACAGUACCCAUCGCGAAACGUUUCUGCUGGUAUGGGCAGGUAUUUGUCGGAGGGUUCGCCAUCUUUGCUGCCGUAGGCGGAACAUUGCUGCAGCUACUCGGGGUAUUUAGGAAUUGCCUAUGCUCAGUGCCCGCGACAUAUUGGCCGUAUUUGAACGGUCCGGAAGCUUACUUCGCAAUAAGCACCAAUAGUCAAGAAGCGAUUGUAGUUGCCGAGGCCUGGUGGACCACGACUGGCAGCACGUCAGUUGGGUUGAUAAGUAUUAUCACAGCAUUGGCUUGGUGGCAUCAGCGCAGAUUACGGAAAAUGUUCAAAGAGCAGGCGGACCAACUAGAAAAUGACGAGAUAUACUGAGUUUAGAACUCGAUGUUUAAAUGUUCAUGCCAAAUUGAGACGCAUCUAAAUAGUAAAACAACGCUCUUUAAACUAUGGAGACGACGGUUGGUGUUUUCUUAACACAACCUAAAUAUCUACCUAUAGUUAUGAUGAUGACGCCAUCUAGAACCUGUUGGUAUCUAUCGGUUUGUGAGUG